AUGCUAGUGUGUGUCACUGAUUAUUUGAUUUUGAGUUUUGGUGCCGGAGAAGCUUUCUUAGAUGACAAUAAUUUUAUUUUAUUUUUACUCUUCCUAAUUUUUUCAAAUGUAGGCAAAUUCCCUUAG